AUGGAAGCCGAGUUAAAGAAAUUAACUUCUGACCGCGGAUUGAUAAAGGCCGCGCUGACUCGUUUCUCGAAAUACUUUAAUGAAUCAGAAAGACCAGUAAAUGUAAGGGCAUUGCAGAAACGUUUAGAGGCAAAUGUAGGUCUGUAUAAUGGCUACAAUGCAGUUCAGAGUGAGAUAGAGCGUAUAGUUGCAGGAAAAGAGUCGGAAGCAGCUCACGCAGCUGACAGAGAUGAUUUCGAAGAGACAUAUUUUAAUCUAAUCGCAGAUGUAGAAUCAUAUAUCGAAAGUGUAGAAGGGCGAAACAGGGUAGCAAAUCAGGCCGCAGAACAAUCACCAACCCCCGCGUUGACAAGUUCUGAUGCUAAGGUAAAAUUACCAACGAUACAGUUACCAUCGUUCGACGGGGAUUACAGCGAAUGGAUAAAAUUUAAAGACACCUUUACUAGUUUGGUGCACGAGAGUGAAUUACCUGAUGUGCAGAAAUUCAACUAUCUGAAUUCUGCACUGAAGGGACCGGCAGCGCGAGUCAUUCAAUCUUUAGGAGUUUCCGACACGAAUUACAAAUUAGCAUGGGACUCAUUAAAAUCGCGAUACGAAAAUUCAGCAAUGCUUAGAAAAUUUCACGUAGUAGCAAUAUUAGAUUUGCCAGUUAUACAAAAACAGUCUUCGACCGCGCUCAGAGAAUUAUUAGAUAACGUUAGAAAUCAUUUAGCAGCUUUGAAAUCGUUAAAGGAACCAAUUGAAUCUUGGGAUAGUCUCCUGAUCCCAAUAUUAAGCAGGAAAUUAGACAUGGCAUCCUUAAGAGAAUGGGAAAAGGGGAUAACUAGCUUAGAGCGGGUCACAUUCAAGAGUUUUACCUCAUUUUUGGAGGAGCGAUCCUCGUAUUUGGAGAAUAUUGCCUCACCAGUUCAGGUGCCACCAGCCACGAGACCCGAACCCCCUUCAGGGUUCGUAGCUAACCGUAAACCGUGUCGCGUAAUGAAUCACGUAGUAGGUAUAUCGAGUAGUACUUGUCCAGCAUGCGGAGCCGGGCACCCAUUGUUUCGUUGCGAGAAAUUUAAGGGAUUGUCCAUCGAUGAAAAAACUCAGGUAACGCAGACGUCACAGAGUUGCUUCAAUUGCCUACAAACCGGUCAUCGCGUUAAAGCCUGCACCCGCAAGCACUGUGAUUUGUGUGGUAAGAAGCAUCACAUAUUGUUGCAUCGCGAUAAUGUCGGUCAAAAGCAAAAUAAUAAUGAACCUACGAAUAGUGUUUCCGCCAGCAGAACUACCUCAUGUGUCGCGAGUCUUUCUAGUAAGGCGUUUGAGCAUAGUGUGCUAUCUACAGCAGUCGUGCACGUAGAAAACGAUAGGAAGGAGAGAAUUCAGUAUAGAGUCCUUUUAGAUUCUGGGUCGCAAUCGAGUUUCGUAACACAUAGUGUAUGUAAAAGAUUAGGUCUCAGGUAUGAUCCUGUAGAAACAGAAGUAGUCGGAAUAGAUAGAAAAUCUAGAAUAGUCAGAGAUAGAGUUGACUUAAAGAUAGUGUCUAGGGUUAACGGGUUUAAUGCUAGUAUUUCAUGUUUAGUAAUAGAUAAUAUCACUGAUGAUAUGCCGAACGUUGAUAUGAAUAGAUCAACACUUGCAGUACCAGCUCACAUAAUGUUAGCUGACCCAGAGUUUGAUAGAUGUCGACCAAUCGACUUAUUAAUUGGCGCCGGUUUAUUUUGGUAUUUAUUGUGCGUCGGCCAGCAUAAAGCAGGUAACCACCUAUUGUGGCAAAAGACACAGCUAGGUUGGGUGUUAGGUGGACAGAUUAGUUGGCCUAUUGAGGGUCAUUCAAGGAUUCAGAGAGGUCACCUUAGUACAAAUCGCGAGUUAUCAGAACAGUUAGAGCGUUUUUGGAAGGUGGAAGAGAUCGUAACAGACCAUACAGUGGAUACAGACGAAUGUGACGCGUACUUUCGAGCUACAACGCGUCAAAAUGAUGAUGGUAGAUAUAUAGUAAAAAUCCCUUUCAACGAGCAGGUACAUAGAUUGGGAUCAUCAAGACAACAAGCGGAGAAUAGACUUAAAUCAUUAGAAAGAAGGUUAAUGAAACAACCGCAGCUUCGCGAGCAAUACAUAGAGUUUUUAGCAGAAUAUGAACGAUUAGGACACAUGUCGCGAAUUUCAAAACAAACAGUGGAUGAGAAGAUAGUCUUUUAUCUUCCUCACCAUGCCGUCUUCAAAGCAGACAGUACAACAACAAAAUUACGCGUUGUAUUUGAUGGCUCGGCAAAGACAAGUACAGGAAAAGUACAGAAUUCUGAUACUCAGAAGGUCGGUCCGACAGUACAGAGCAAGUUAGUCGACAUUUUAUUGCGGUUUCGUACGCAUAGAUACGUCUUAUCGGCGGAUAUAGCGAAGAUGUAUAGACAAAUAUUAGUAGAUUCAGAGCAACGACGUUUCCAGAGAAUUUUAUGGCGAUCAAAUCCAGAUCAUCCUAUCAAGACAUUUGAAUUAAAUACCAUAACAUAUGGCACCGCUUCGGCGCCUUAUUUAGCGACCCGCGUAUUACAGGAGGUAGGAUUAAAAUGUGUACAAGAUUUUCCAACUGUUAGUCGAAUAGUCAUCAACGAUUUUUACGUUGAUGAUCUACUAACAGGCUUGGAUACAGUUCAUGAAUUAGAAGAAGUAAAAAGGGAUCUUACAGAUAUUUUAAGCAAAUCAGGAUUUGAUUUACGGAAAUGGGCGUCAAAUUGCGCAACAGUAUUAGAGCAGGCAACAGAUAAACCGUUAGACAAGGAUCCAAAAACGCUCGGACUCCAUUGGUCAUCCGCCAGAGACGAACUUCUAUUCAAGGUUACGCCAUCAGCAGGCAAAAGAAUUACAAAACGAACAAUUUUGUCCGAGAUAGCACAGUUAUUUGACCCGUUAGGAUUAGUUGGCCCUAUAAUUACCCGCGCCAAAUUACUGAUGCAGCACCUCUGGCAAACACAGGUAGGCUGGGACGAGUCACUCUCCCAGGAGUUAUGUACACAAUGGACAGGCUACAGAAAAGAAUUAGCUAGUUUAAAUAGUUUAAGGAUUCCUAGACAGGCACUUGUGACCGCGAAAGGUAUCGAACUGCAUGGUUUUUCAGACGCUUCCGAACGGGCUUACGGAGCCUGCAUCUACCUACGCUCAAGUUGCGAAGCAGGUAGAUGGGAGGUAAGGCUUUUAUGUUCGAAGUCUCGGGUCGCUCCGUUAAAAAUAAUUUCGUUACCUAGAUUAGAGUUAUGCGGAGCAUUAUUGCUCGCGCAAUUAGUACAAAGGGUCAGGACAGCUCUUCGGGUAUCAUUCAGUAAGGAAAGAUAUUGGUGUGAUUCGACAAUCACUCUUGCGUGGAUUCGAGGCAACUCCAAUAGAUGGAAAACUUUCGUGGCUAAUAGAGUAACACAAAUUCAGUUAAUAACAGAUUUAGAUAAUUGGUCGCAUAUACGAUCACACGAGAAUCCCGCGGAUCUAAUUUCUCAAGGAGUUGAUCCUAAUUUCUUGAUUAGUAGUGAAUUAUGGUGGUUGGGACCUUCGUGGCUAACAGAUGAACCAGAUCACUGGCCCCCGCAAUCAGAAGAAGUAGUGAUAGACGUGCCGGAACAAAAACAAGCCAUUGCAUUAGCCACCGUAACCGGUGAUACAAACGAAUUGUUCAAUCGGUAUUCAGAUUAUACGCGGUUAGUACGAGUAACAGCUUAUUGCCUCCGCUUUAUUAAUAAUAUUCAGCUAGCAAGAAACCGUAAACCUAACGAUUCAGCAAACCUCGGAAACGCAAAUUUAACACAAGUAGAAACACACAAAGCGCAAGAAACACUAGUACGGCUUGCACAAAAGGAAACAUUUUCCGAUGAGAUCAAUUUAUUGGUUAAGGGUCAAACCGUUUCAAAACAAAGCCCUUUGCGAUCCUUAGCACCGUUUAUAGAUUCAGCAGGACUUGUCAGGGUGGGCGGUAGGCUUAUUAAUGCCCCCAUUUCGUACAACAAAAGACACCCGGUUUUGUUACCCUCUAAGCAUGCCCUAACGGAUUUGAUUAUUAGAAAUGAACACAGUAGGCUCCUUCAUGCCGGGUGUCAACACGUGAUCGCAUCUUUGCGUGAGCGAUUUUGGCCCAUAGCAGGUAUGCGAGCAGUCAAGAAAAUAAUUAGAAGUUGCGUGAGAUGCUUUCGGGUCAAGCCACAAGGAAUAGAGUACCCCAUGGGUCAGCUACCUGCAGCUCGGGUGACACCAACCCGUCCAUUUACAACCUGUGGUGUCGAUUAUGCGGGGCCGUUCAUAACCAAAGACAAUACUCGCAGUAAAGUGUCAUUAAAAUCUUACAUAUGUAUUUUUGUAUGUUUUGCUACAAAGGCCACUCAUAUCGAACUAGCAGUAGACCUUAGCACAGAUGCAUUUAUAAAUUGCCUCAAACGAUUCAUAGCACGUCGAGGCCGUUGUCACAGCAUUGUUUCUGACAAUGGAACGAAUUUUGUAGGAGCAAGAAAUAAGCUCAGUGAAUUAGAUAAUUUAACCAGAAGCAAGGAAUACAAUUGUCAGAUUAGCCAAUUUUUAAGUAGAGAGCAUAUAGAAUGGUCUUUCAUACCUCCUCGCGCUCCUCAUUUUGGAGGACUAUGGGAAAGCGCCGUUAAAUUAACAAAAUAUCAUUUGCUACGAGUCAUAGGGGAACAAAGAUUAACCUAUGAAGAGUUAUACACGCUAUUAACACAGGUAGAGUCCUGUCUGAAUUCACGUCCUCUCAGUCCACUGUCAUCCGAUCCCCACGACUUGAAUCCUCUAACUCCGGGACACUUUUUGAUUGGGACUGCCCUGAGCUCGUUGCCAGAUCACGAUUUGACGAGCAUUAAGACAAAUAGAUUAAAUCGGUAUCAGCUGAUCCAACAGAUGUACCAGCAUUUUUGGCAGAGAUGGCAGAAGGAAUAUCUGCACCAGCUUCAGCAGAAUUAUAAAUGGACUCAGACCUCCAAGCAUCAAUUGACUGAAGGCAUUCUGGUUGUCAUCAAAGAGGAUGGUCUACAACCACUGCGUUGGUGCUUGGGACGAGUUACAGAAUUGCAUCAGGGCAAGGAUGGCGUAGUACGAGUCGUUUCCGUCAAAACUAUGGAUGGAUUAUACAAGAGACCAGUGUCAAAAAUUUGUAUUUUACCAAUGCCAGUCACUGAAGACCAAGAAUGUAAUUGA